CUGCUGCCAGCUAGCAGGGCUGCCUGGUGCUUACCUUACUUACAGUUCCCCAUGUAUCCUACAAAAACAGCCAGUAGCAAGCAAGUGUGGCCCUCCGAGAGCAGAACUAUGUACGCAGUAGCUCUGACUCCUAUCGCAUCAAGUUUGUCAUUUGACCAAUGAGUACGGGUUUCUUCAUGAUUCCGUCCGCUCCAAAACGCCAACCCAACAUCGGUUUUUCUCUUUUUUUUCUUUUGUCCGUACUCGCUUCGGCAGUCUCGGGCUUUCAAGUGAAGCCGUGAUUACUUUAGCAACGGUAUAUUACCAAUCAGUCCUAGAGCCCCCGUCAGAAAAAUGCCGAGUCCACAUAUUAUUAGGCACAAAAAACCCACUGCGUUACAGCAAACCUAGUAGUCGCCCGGACAGCAAGCAAAAACCGCCGGCAUUCAAGCGAUCAUGUGGCUUGCGGUGAUUGCAUACUCCGAACAGUCCGCUUCUUUUUUUUUUCUCGCGGGAUAUCAUAGGCGACUGUAUUUUGACGGAAAGCAGUCUUCUGUUAUCGCAGGUUCUAGUGCAGUGGGACUCUGGGCUUCGGAUAUAGCGGACUUUCUACUUUCCUUUUACAUCCAAGGUAGAAUGUCAUCUGCUCCUGUAUAAAAGCUUGUAUUCAAGGGCCCACACUGCUUCCUUGUCCCGAGUUACCCUCCUUUUUUUUUCUUGUCUUUCUGUGUUGCUAUGAUAUAAUAGAAACAAAAGGGACCUUUCGAUUUUUGAUUUUUCUUUCAAGGAAAAUUUGUAUAAAUCCGUCUUCUCCAUGCAAGGCAGGUUCCCAUAAGGUAUCUUGAGACGCAGUGAACCAUCUCUCGAGUCUGCCUUCCCUCCCCCUCACUCUUGCCGCAGCUUGGCGUCAGGCGCGCGUGCCCUUUUGAUAUUAUUGAUACCCCUUUAUUGCUCUCAUAAUUGGAUCACGAGAUACCGACAUAGGCACAUUGGGUGCAUGUUAUCAGCAAAGUAGUUGGUCGCACCGCCCGGGUCUUCUGUGUUUACCGGGAUUUCUUCUAUUUUAUCUUUUUGAAGCAUAAUUUCAGGACCAACAGAUAUACUGUCUUUUUUUCUUUUUUUGCAAGGCAUACAUAUCCCCUGCAGUUACAAUGAGGCGCAGGUUAUCGGCUGCUCUCCUCGGUGUUGUGGUUUUGGGAAGCUUACCUACCGCCAUCCUUGCACAUGGCGGCGAGUCCAUGAAUAUGGAUCAAGGUCAAGCUAUGCCCAAACCUGCUGAAGAUUCGGGCCUGGAGACAUACUUCUCAUAUCCUGAAUAUCAGGGCGCAUUAUACGCCCACAUAGCCUUGAUGACAGUGAGCUGGGUUUUCAUGCUGCCAGUUGCCGUAAUGUUCUCCAUCUCUCGCUCAAGAUAUACAUUCCCUGCGCAGGUCGUUUUCGUCGUCACCAACCUGACGGGCUUGAUCCUGGGCAUGAUUUUCAACGAGAACACCCCGGACCUGUACCCAAACAACGCCCACCACAAGCUGGGCUGGGCCGUCACGGCGCUGUCAUGCGCUCAGGUCGUCCUCGGCGUGCUCGUCCGCCGCUCCGAAAUUUUCAGCCCAUCACCCAGGCCCAGAUCCGCCCUAUACACCCCCGUAUCGACUGCGGCCAUGGCCGAGCACCAGCGAGCCAGCGCGGCUCCCGGGUCUGCUCAGCCGCACCGCUUCUCCUUCGACAGCGGCCAGGGGACCGAGCCCAACACGGCGUCACUGUGCAGCAGGCCGAGGUACUCCAGCUCCAGCUCGCAGCACGACGAGGAGGUUGCUCUCAAGGAUGAGACAAUGCUGCUGGACGGGACCGACUUUUAUGCGCGUGACCACGAUGACGAUGGGGAUUUUGGCCCUGGAAGGAAACAAUUAGCGCGCCACGGGGGCACUGUCCAUCGUGUGCUGGCUCUAGCCGGGAAGACCGCAGGCAUCUUUUCUACCCAGGUUUUGAAUAUCUUUGGUCUUGGAUACAAUGUCAUCGAUCGGAUCAUCCUUAUCUUGGGCUUCGUUGCAAUCUGCACAGGCGUUAUUGCUCAAGGGCGAUUUUUCGAAGGGCAGGAGAUCUUUAGCGGUCUGGCCCACUGGAUCAAGGGCGGCGUCUUCUUCUGGCUCGGCAUCCUGACCCUUGGUCGCUGGACCGGAGCCUUUGCCGAGAUCGGCUGGGCAUGGAACCUCCGGCCCCGCCCCGACGACCCAACGGCAGCAGCCGCUCCCUGGCGCCCAUCGGCUGAGUUUGUAGAGAGCGCCCUCAUCUUUUUCUACGGCUCGACCAACAUCUUCCUCGAGCACCUCGGCGGCGGCGCAGACAGCGCCUGGAGCGCCCAAGACCUGGAGCACGUCGCCAUCACGGUGCUGUUCAUCGGUGGCGGGCUUUGCGGCAUGCUGGUGGAGUCGGCGACGGUCCGGGAGCUGCUCAACACGGCGGUGGCGGGCCACGAUGAUGAGAACAACGAUCACCUGUCACCACCACCACCGUCGAAGCUCCACGGUAGCGUCUCGCUGAACCCGAUCCCUGCGCUCGUCAUUCUCCUCCUCGGCAUCAUGAUGAGCUCUCACACGCAGCACGAUAUGGUUUCGGGCAUGGUGCACAAGCAGUGGGGGGACCUGCUCAAGGGCGCCGCCGUCGCCAGGGGCUUCUCGUACGUCCUCAUGUACCUGAAGCCGCCCCGUUCGGUGCUGCCCUCGCGGCCGCCGACGGAGCUGCUGGCUGCGUUUGGUCUGAUGGCGGGCGGUGUGAUUUUUAUGGCAAGCAGCCACGAUACCGUCCAGGGCAUGAUAAACCAGGGCCUCGACGCCAUGUUCAUGUACACCGUCACCAUGGGUCUGGUGGCGUUCCUGAUGGCCUGGGUCGUCAUCGUCAUGGCGCUCAAAGGUUGGGCUGUUCGCAAGGAGGCGAGGUGGCAGAUGGUUGACAGAAGCCACGUUGCCUGAUGGGAGGCGACGCGGGGUUGCAAAGAAAGCUCCCAACAUUGUCUCUUUUUAUAUCCUAAGCUGUUCAUAUCCUUUCCCCCCCCCCUAUUUGUAUUCAGGGGGUUCUCUUUGAUGAUUUAUUACUUUACGAUACCCCUCUUGCAUUUUAUGCUUGCUUUCUCUUUUUGCUCUUCCCUUUGAUUUCCUUUUCAAUUUACUAUCUGCAUAUUUGCAAACAGCAGUCUUAGCGCGCAGCCUUACCUGUUUAGCAUUAUAAAUUCGAACCUAGCUCACACAUUGCACGACGCUGGUGUUGUUAUCU